AUGCCUCCUCCAUCAUCUAGAGCCGAAGUUCUGUCCCAUCUUCGCGAGCAGGUCAAAAAUGGCAAACCUGUUGUUGGAGCAGGAGCAGGAACAGGCCUGUCGGCCAAAUUUAUUGAAGCUGGCGGUGCAGACCUGAUUAUCAUCUACAAUUCCGGGCGGUUCAGAAUGGCGGGUCGAGGCUCUCUUGCCGGACUUAUGCCUUACGGUGAUGCAAAUGCAGUAGUUGUCGAUAUGGCACGAGAAGUACUCCCCAUCGUCAACAAGACCGGUGUCCUAGCUGGUGUCUGUGGCACCGAUCCCUUUCGAGUCAUGCCCAAAUUUCUCGAGCAGCUUAAGAGCAUGGGAUUCUGCGGGGUCCAGAACUUUCCUACGGUCGGCCUCAUCGAUGGUACCUUCCGAGCAAACCUAGAAGAGACGGGCAUGGGCUACGAUAAGGAGGUGGACAUGAUCGCUGAAGCACACAAGCUUGGCCUUCUCACCACACCCUAUGUGUUCAACGUGGACGAAGCUGAGAGGAUGACCAAGGCUGGUGCAGAUGUGAUUGUCUGCCAUAUGGGCCUGACAACGUCGGGCAGCAUUGGUGCAAAGACUGGGAAGUCGUUGGACGACUGCGUCAAGUUAAUCCAAGACAUGAGGGAUGCCGCAGUGAAAAUCAAUCCGGACAUCCUCGUCCUGUGUCACGGCGGACCUAUCGCUGAGCCCAAAGAUGCCGAAUACGUCCUCAGCCGUACCAAAGGGGUGCAUGGGUUCUUUGGGGCCAGUAGCAUGGAACGUCUGCCUGUGGAAGUUGCCAUUACCAACACAACGAAGGAGUUCAAGGAUCUGAAAAUCAAUCAAUAA